AUGGUUUUGGGACGUCUCACACACUACGCCGUCGACGCCGUUCUCAUCUCUGCUUUCCUUGCAGGCGUCAAGAGAAGCACAGGUCUCACACCAACCAGUAUCAAAUCAUCCUCAAUUGGCGAGAGUAAGGAUAUUCAAAGCUGGGUCGACCGAUACCUCGGUGUCGGCGAAUGGGUCAUGGAUCAGUCGGUCGCCAUCAUGGGAAGUAGCAGCUUUUUUGAGCGGAGACGAUGA